AUGAUGGAUUUUAUAUUCAUUUAUUUGCUGAGUAUGCUUCUGUUUAUAAAGGUUGGAUUGGCAGAUACAUUUAACAAUACUGCUUGGCCGAAUAUAUCCUCGCAGGUAGAAUAUGGUUUACGAUCACAAAGAGAUAUUCAAAAAAAUAUCACUAUCGACCAACUACCGUUGGUGGGAGUUGAUCUUCAAAGAGUUCUCUUCAACCAAUACUUAGAUGAUAACAGUAUUAUGUUAUAUAAUUUUUAUAACCUAAUGAGGCAGGGUGUCCAGUCUUUUGUAUUAGAAAUUGAAAUAAGUGAAAAUGCUUGGGUAGUUACUAAUACAUCACUCCUGUUGUUGGACGUUUUCUCACUUAUCAGCGCAUUUUUACAAUCAACAAACACUAACUUAAAUGCUAAUAUAAUGGUUUUGUUAUUAAAAGUGUCACAAUCUGUUAAUAUGAAUCCAUUGCAUAUAGGUAACUCAUCUGCAUUAUUCUUACCUUCAAAAUCUAAUAAUACAAACAUUUGCUUUAAUAGUAAUUGUACUUCUUCAACUUUCCAACUAGAAACUAAUAAUACAGAUACAUCAAUCUUUGGAGAUUAUUCACAAACAGUACCUUCAAAUAUAUCUAUUUCAAACUUAAAUAUCACCUCAUUAUUGGACGAUAGCCUUGGCACUUUCAUUUAUUCACCGCAAGAUUUAGAAACAGACAGAAUUAAAGGGUACACGUGGAAUGGAACAGGAUAUCCCUCAUCCACAGGUUGGCCAACAUUGUCUACAUUUCUAACCCGGGAAAAUAAGAGAAUACUAAUCGCCGACCUUUCAGCCACGUCAGAUUAUAUUCCUUCAGACUAUAUCUUUAAUAACUCAAUUCUACAUUAUGAUUAUGGUAAUAUGACAUUAGGUUGCCCUAAUACAAUUCCACAAAUUAAAGAUGUUUCUAGGUACAGUUGGAGAUUUUUGAAUUCCAAUUUUACUCCUGGUGACAUUAAAAAUUAUAUUGAUUGCGGAUAUUCUCCAAUAAUUAAUAAUCCAUUCGACUUAUCUAACAUAACAAAUAUUUUACCACUUUUAAAUUCAAGUUUAUUGUGGUCAUGGAGAUUUAAUCAACCAAGUGUGAAUGUUCCUCUUAAAAAGCAUUCUUUGGAAGCUUAUAAUUGUGCUAUUUUCAAAUAUGACCCUUCUAACUCGUCAUUCUAUUGGAUGGUUGAUAAUUGUUACGAAAAAAAGCUAGGGUUAUGUCGUUUUGGAAACGAACAAUUUACAUGGUUAGUCACAAAAUCUCCACAUACAUAUUUCGACUUCGACAGCUAUAAAGGUAGUCAGUGUCCUGAUAACUAUGAGUUUUCAAUUCCAAGAACACCAUUGGAACAAAAUGCCCUUAUCACAACUUUGAAAAAAAAUAGCUUUGCAGAUAUAGAUAUUUGGAUAGAUUUAAAUUCAAUUUCUGUAGAGGAUUGCUGGGUUACCGGUGGUCCUUACGCUGCUUGUCCAUAUAGAAAAUCAAUGACAAGAAGACAUUUCGCAAGAAUGUUAGCACCUGCAUGUGCUUGUUCAUUUGGUAUUCUUUGUAUCGUUUUUUACUUAAACUUAUUAAGGGUUCCAAUUCAUGAUAAUAGAAUUAAUUGGAGAAGAAAGCUAGUAAGAGAAGCCAACUUAAAAGCCCUUAAUACAGAAGGUGUUCCCUCUUAA